CCCCACAUGCAAACAAAAUUUUUCAAAUCCCUCUUUAACCCCCAGUCAGUCUUCCAUUUCUCCACAAACCGUCUUCACCUCCCCAAAUUCCUCUGCCUAGGGUUUUGAAAUUGACCAUCAACAACACGUAGCCUUGUCUCCGUAUAUAAGGACAAGGUCAACGUCUUGUUGGUUGGGGGGGUGUUUUGAUUUGAGCAUUGCAUUGGUUGCUAUAAACUGGAGACUUCGAGAUGCUGGGUUUGAAGCGUAACAGCAAUAAUAAUACAAGCUGUUUUGUUCAUUUGGCCGAAUGGCAUCCACUGGAAUAGCAAAUUCGAUUUGGGCUUGAAGCCCCCUUCGUCUACUCCUGUAAAAUCAGGUAUCGGAGUACAUUAGUUUUGUUCUUGACAGUUAACUACUACAAUUAACAAGUCUCUCAUGUUCAGUAAGGGUUUCUCUGUUGCUAAAAUUAUGGGCUGCUGUAGUUGUUUUGGAUUCACCAGAAAGCCCAAACACCUAAGAAGGCCGGCUGGCUUCAAUAAUCGCCUUUCCCAAGAAUUAUUAUUGGAUGAUGAUAUAGAAGAUGAAGAUGAUUGUUCAUAUAAUGGUGAGGUUACCAGCACUGGUAAUGGUGAUGAGAGCGAGUCACAAAGCCGCACCAAGCGUUCAGAGGAGAUUCUACAUUAUAGGGUGCAGAAUGGAAUGAUUUGCAGGCAGUUUCCAGUCAAGGAAACACAUAAAGUUGUCCGUACAGAGGAUGAAAAUGGGAAUAAGAUGGUCAAUGAGUAUGUUCGUGAAUGCAAGAUUGGUUCUGGUAGCUAUGGGAAAGUGGUACUAUAUCGAAGCCUGUCAGAUGGAAAGCAUUAUGCUAUUAAGGCCUUUCAUAAGUCUCAUUUAUUGAAGCUACGAGUUGCACCUUCAGAGACUGCCAUGACUGAUGUUCUUCGUGAGGUUCUAAUUAUGAAAAUUUUGGACCAUCCUAACAUAGUUAAUCUCGUUGAGGUGAUUGAUGAUCCAGACACAGAUCACUUUUACAUGGUUCUUGAAUAUGUUGAAGGCAAAUGGGUUUGUGAGGGCUCCGGUCCACCAGGUGGCUUAGGAGAAAAUACUGCAAGAAAGUAUUUGCGGGAUAUAGUUUCAGGGCUGAUGUACCUCCAUGCUCAUAAUAUAGUUCAUGGUGAUAUCAAACCUGAUAAUUUAUUGGUUACACUUAAUGGGACGGUGAAGAUAGGGGAUUUCAGCGUUAGCCAAGUUUUUGAGGAUGAUAAUGAUGAGCUUCGGCGAUCUCCUGGGACUCCUGUUUUCACUGCACCUGAAUGUUGUCUAGGUCUUACAUAUCGUGGGAAAGCAGCUGACACAUGGGCUGUGGGGGUUACCUUGUACUGUAUGGUACUCGGACGGUAUCCAUUUCUUGGAGAGACACUGCAAGACACAUAUGAUAAGAUUGUUAACAAUCCUUUAAUACUUCCGGAUGGUAUGAACCCAAUGUUAAAGAACUUACUGGAAGGACUUCUUUGCAAAGAACCUGGACAGAGGAUGACAUUAAAUGCUAUUGCAGAGCAUUCUUGGGUUAUUGGAGAUGAUGGACCUAUCCCUCAGUAUUUAUGUUGGUGCAAGCGCAAGAGUUUGGCAGAAGAAUCUCAUGGGAGCAAAGAUAAUAUUAACAUAAUUCACACUGACUAAAUUGUUUAGGUGGAUUUGUUUGUGUACAGUUACCAAGAUUUUUGUUAUUAUUAUUUUUUGCCCUUUCCUUUUUGGACUUACAAUCUUAUCAUGAGGGAGGUAAAUUGUGACAAAAAGUAUUAACAAAAUUUUCCGGGCUACAAUCCCUUUUGCCUAAGCAGGUAUCGACCACUGGUUUGGCUUUUGAGUAAGAUUUCUCAGUGUAUUGUGUUAUGGUCUGAUUAGAAGGUGUUCAUCGUGGUCCUUGUACACAUAAUCUGAAGGUUGAGUACGAAUAGGAAACAAAAUUAUGUAUCUUUCAUAGGUUGCGUAGGAAUGGGAGCAAAACAAUGUAUUUUUCGUACUAAAGCAUGUAAUUAUUUGUCAAGGUGGUUAUAGACUUGUUUGAUAUGUUUCUUCUGA